UAAAAACGGACUGAAGACACUUAGCGCGCGCAUUAUUAACUUGUAGAAACUGGUAGACACUGGCGCAUACUAGCGCGAAACAUAACGUAUUUCUGUAGAAAAGAAUAUUAACUUUGCGAUAGAUCACAUUGCAAUUGUUUGAGAUGUAUUUUGUUUUAUGGGAAAAGUAAGAGUAUAUAAUUAAGAUUUCAGUAGAAGAGAGAAACACAAGUUGGCAAUUAAAUUACUAUAAAGCAUUCUGCUAUUGAUAGGUAACAUAAGAAAAGACUGUAAACAAAUAUAUAUUUAAAUCACACACACACUACUCAAAGGACAAUAUAACGAAAUGAAAAAUUUGCUUAUUCUUCUUUCUGUUGAUGUUUUGCUUGCCGGGACGACAAUCUACAUGGGAUGCUUCGGAUUACCGAUUCAGGACAAUAAUGAAGAUACAGAAAGUCCAUCGAGAUUAACAAGAAGUUUGCAUGCCUUGCAGUCCCAAUUAUGCCCCGAAGGAUCCAGUUCAGAAAGAUGUUUCUACUCACAGCUGUCCAUGUUCAUGAGAAUGCAAGACAGUUUAAUGGAUCCAGUGGCUCUACGAAAUAUUGGAAAACGAAACAGCCCCCAUGAUCAAAAUGAAAACCUAGACCAGCUUCAAAAUGAAGACAGUGCUAAUACUGGACUUGGCUUGAUAUCUGACCCAAACAUACAGAUUCGACUCCUGCAACUGAGAAAUUUUGCUGCUAUGUUAAACGGACUUAAAAACCUUCUUGAUCAUUCCGAUGCCAGUUCUCAUCAAAAUGGUAUCAAAACCUCCCAAUUCGCAUCGUUCCUGUUUACUCCAAGCGGACUACCUGACGGACAAACAAACGGUCUUAGACAAAAAGGACUAAAUCAACAAAUCAGGGUAUCAACAAAAGCAGGUACAGAACCCUCAAUUAACAAUAUGAUGGAAAGGUUUCUUGGAUUCAAUCCUAAUUCCGGAAAUGAAAACAGCGAAGUGAUAGAAUCACAGAUGAAGAGGAACAUUGCGAGCCAUCCUUCUCUUGAGAAACGACAAAUAAUAUGCUCGUCAGCAUCUUCGCGAUUGGAGUGUUACGACAAUGCUCUUGCUUAUUAUGUGAGAUUGCUGAAAACAUUAAAGUCCCACUAAUUUUCUUUCCACACAGCGAAAAUAUACCUUGAUUGCAUUACUAACUAUUUCCGGUUAUUUGUGUUUGUGACAUCUGCUGACAUUUGUUUGAUGAUACGAACGGACAUCGUCUGAACAACAUUUAUGCGAUUAAUCUUAGUAUAACAUAAUAGAGAGAUAUUAACUAUAUACAAAAAGCGUCUGCCUCAACUCUUCUAACAAAAUAUACAAGAUGUAUUAGAUAAACAGAACUGGUAGUAUUACCAACAAGUAUGUACACUUAAUAAAAUGCAUGUAAAUUAAAUCUAAAUCCAACAAACUAUGGCCUCCUUGGUCGAGUGAUUAAUGAAGUCGACCAGUCCCUUGCUAGUCUUGGCUGUAGAUUCGAAACUUUGUCUAUAGAGUAGAAUACUUUUAUGUGGAGAUAUCACGUGAUCAAAAUAAUGCCCGGAGGAGUGCCCUGGGGUCUUUCAUCACCACAAAAUUACAUAUUGCCUUAAAGUGUGUCGUUGUAAACCCAACAAAACAACAACUUUCCGUAUGAUAUUAUACAAAAUCUGCUCAAAGCUUUUCUAUUAGUAAUUAGAUUCUACUUAUCGCUUAUUUUUCUGUACGAAUAUACUUUAUGAGUGUGUAAAUGAUAGUGUGGAAAGCCUUUUACUUUUUUAACAGAUUUUAUAAAUGGUUAUAAAAUUUGAACUAUGGAAUAUUUUAGAAAGACUCAUUUAAGCGUACGUAUAUUUUUCAAAGUCUAGAAUAUACAUUUCUUUGCCAGUAACAGUUAAAACUUUGCUUGUGAAUAUCCAGGAAAAAAAUUAGUUCAAGCAUUAAGCUGUUAAUGUUAAAGUAGAAUUAAAAGAAUUAUAAUAUAAUAAAGUAAUGAUCCUGAUUCAAGUGAUUUUUAUAAUGUGAAAAAUGAUGCUAUCCGUUAUAUUUUUGCACUUAUGAUAUACACAUGUAGGUUAUUCUAUUUGAUAAAUGUUCUUUUUUCAACGAUUAUUUCAUGUUUAAGAAGUACAAUGUAUUCAAUAUAAAGUUUUCUUCAGUUUUACCAAAACUAAGAAAAGAAAAUGCUACUUCAGUGUACAUGCAUGUAAUGUAGAGCGUUAAAUCAAUUUGGUAAUGAAUAUAUACCAAGCAAUAAUGUAGAAAUAGGUGUUACUGUAAGUUAUGAACUAGCGGCAUUUUACUGUGAUUUAGUUUCCAACAUAUCCGAGCAUAUUUGUUUAAGUAAGCUUCAGAAAGCAUUUGAUAGAUUUUUAAAGACGUCUUUUUGACAUCAUCUUAGGCAAUAUAGUUGAAGAACCUACUUGUUUCUAUCUUUUAUGCAUUUGUUUAAAAAAAAGCAUAUUAAAUAGGUUUUCAUAGAAUAAACUGUUGCCUUUAUUUUAUCCCGUUAAAAAACCAUGAAUGUAUUUUAUUAAUUUUAUUUUGUAAUAUAGAAACACGGAGGAAGUUAAAAGAGUGAGGUUUGGUACCUGUUAACAAAUAGUAUCUCCCCAGUCCCCUCUGUUUCCCAAGGCGGUACUCACUGUGUUCUCUCUUCGUGUAUGUUUGUGUUUUUGCUUCUUUUUUGUUGCACCCGUUUGUGUUAAUGCGUACGAGUACAUGUGCUCAGUCACUUUGUUAAAUAUACACGAGUGUUGUAUGUGUGGCUGCGUUACUUGAACGUUGCUUUUCCUGUUGGACUUCUGUUCUUGUGUUUUAUAUUAGAUGUUUAUAGUGGCUGUAUUUCAUAACGCAGAAAACCUUUACUGGAUCAUUUUCAUCCAGGUAACAAGAGGUAAAUAUGUUAGAAGUUUCACAACGAGGCAUGUCGAAGGUUAAACUCAGCCAUGUAGUAGUUCAUUUUAGGGGGGUUGAGAGAGGAGGAAAUCGAGUUUUCUAUAAUAUUUUCUUUGUUUCUUUUAUGUAAUACGUACACUCGCACAAAAUGUGUAUGAGAAAAUCCCAGUUGACUUAUUACUGUGUAUGAAACGUGAAAUUUAUCGCGCUUAUUUAGGAAUAUUAUACAUGAACUUCAUUAAACAGCAAUACUUUUAUUAAAAUUUAUGCUGAGGAGUCACUUUGAAGUUUUCAUGGCUACAGAAAGGCUCCUAAAUUUGAUUUGAAAAAGGCAUCAUCUUAAAGUUUAAAAUGCCUAUUAACAAAUCAAUUAUAAAUGUUCUGUUUCCCGGCACAAAACACUUUUUGGUUGGCUAAUCUGUCACAGCAUAAGUAAAAUGAUAAAAAGGUACAUUUUCAAGAAAAUCCCCAAACUUCUAACUUUUACAAUUGCAAUCUGACUAAAGUACUUGAUCUUCUAAACGAAGAUCUGAGGAUGACCCAUUCACAUUUCUUCUGUAUAUUUUGGAUUUCCAGUAUUGAUAUUUUUUAUUUUCGCAAAUCUGUUUUCAUUUGAACCAUUCAGACUUGUUUGAAUGUCAAAGAGUAAGAAAAAUAUGCAGUCAGUCCAGGGCUCGAACCCAAGAUCCCCCACUUACUAAGCAAGUGCCCUACCGACUAUGCUAACCGGCUAUCUGACAUUUUACGACAUAAGAACUGUUAUUAUCAAAAACCAAGGCUUUUUAAGCUUGCAAAUUGUUGUAAGUAAGCCUUUGAUUGACUACCAGAAGGGUCGUCAGAACGAGGCUAUCAAUAGCUCGUCUUCAGAUCCUAAGCGUAGCGUAAUAGGAGAUGUACUUUAGUCAGACUGGUACAAUUAUGACCUUUAAAAAUGAAUCAACACAGCUUGAGACCAUCUGAAGACGUCCCACCGUAUAACGAUAAUGUAAAAGCAGGGUUACUCAUUAGGGAAUUACUUCUGGCACAUGCAGGUACCCGUGUAGAACCAUCAUUUCCCAUAUGACUUCCUUUCAUGACAACUUAGGUGUCGACCUUUUAUUCUCUCGGCACAAAUUUUCAAACUCUAUUAAGCAAGAGUCAGUUAUUACAUUUAUUCUCAAAGAUAUUAUGUGCCACAAGCUGUUUGUUUUUGUAAGUUGCCUCUCCUCAGUUCUAAAAUAGAUACUGCCAAAACUUUCUGUCCAGAUUUUUCAAGCAACCUGUCUGCUAUAUUUUUCCAUUACAGUUUCUUCUUG